AUGGCCAUUGCCAAUAUGGUGGAGUCAUGCGAAAAAGUCGCCAGUGAAAUUGUCGCUAGUGAAAUUUUUCGUGUUUUGGUUGCGAUAACGAAACUCAAAAACAAAGAUCGAUCCCCAGCAAAAAAAGAAGCGCAGCGAGCUCUGGAUGCGGCUGUUAAAUGGGGCAUUAUUCGACCAACCGAUCGUGAAAUCUACGAGCAAAAUACAGGCAUUUCUACAGUGCCUGAAGAAUGA